UGGCGGUAUACACAAAUGGUUUGAAUUUUUCUGAAGUCUACCGACAACUUAAUGUUAUUUGAGCUUUUUAUAUUUGUUAGACUGCAGUAUAGUUACUACUGCAUGUAUACACUUGAUUAAAUUCAAAUUACAAUGAAUAUUGCACGUUCAUGGGAAAUUUUAGAAGCCAUAUUAUCUGACUUCGAUUCAAGUGAAAGAAAAUGGAAGUCCGUAGUUCCCUGUCCAGAAUUAAAAGAAGCAGCUUACUUUUUAGGAUCCCCUGGAAUGAGCCAAUUGCUAGAAGAAUGGUUACAUGAAACCAUCCUUGAAGACCUCAGUAAAAGAGUUUCUCCAGUAUUUUGGAAACAUUUUCAAAAUCUUGAUAAUGAAAGCAAUGAGCCAGAUAAAAGUGGCGAGACAUUUGCAAAAGCUUUUGGAUUUCUAUAUGAUGUUUACAGUGAUUAUUAUAUGGUUGCCUGGAGUAGAUUAAGAUGGCUGCAGAUUCUAGCGGCCUCUGCACCAACAGUUGGUCCAUCUGGCUCAACAUCAGCUUUUACCCCAGUCAAACCAGCUGGCGUGUCAUUCUCUAAAAGUGUUAAAAUAGGAGCUUGUGAAAAAGUUCAUGGAGGUUUGAAAUCUGAGAGAGCGGGACGACCUGAGAUUGGCCAGCUUAGUGUGACUUUUGAAAAAGGGACAAAAGGAGAGGAUAUGGAGACAGAUUUUAAUGACCUUUAUUUAGAAGAGAGUACAUGUAAAUUUGGACUUGGUUCUAAUCUGGAGAAAAGGAUGGCAGUGAGUAUGGAUGGAUCAUAUGUCAACUGUAAAACAAAUGAUGAUUCUGUUUUAUCUGAUGUAUCAGGACAAAGGUCUUAUCAAAACAGCCAAAGUCUUAAUGUUUCUAGAACUGACCCUGUGGUAAAAAUACUGGAGGAAGAAGAAGACUUUGAAUCUUUCAUUCGAUCUCCCAUUGGGGGCAAUAAAAAAUUAAUGUCAUCAACAGUGAAAAUGAAAACAGCUUUUCCAUUGUCAAGUGGUGAAGCAGUUAAAACAUGUGUGGACAGCAGCUCUGGUACCAAACUACACCCUCUGAGUCUGACAUCCACCCCAGGUACUGCACAAAAGCAAACCCCUGGACCAGUUACACCUAUAGCAUAUCAAGAGUCACCUGAUGUUUUCUCAGAUAUUUCCAUUCAAAAAACUCUUGGGGAUUUGUCACAUUUGGAUAGUCCAUCAAUUCUUGAAGCAUCUGUCCCCGCUGAUGUAUUUGAUGCAGGAAAUUCUGAUGCCCUCCCAAAUGCUUCUGUUGUGUUUGGUGUGCCAGUGAGUUCUAGACCUGUCCCUGGUGGCAGUGUUAGAUGGCCCAGCAAUGACAAGGGAACUGGUGGUAUGCAAAAUAGGGUUCAACUAAUGAUCAAGUCUGUUUUGUUGUACACAUUUCCCAAGACAUUUGCCACUGUUGUAAAAAACUUUUACUCGCAUGCCUUCACAAUACAUAGAAAUCAAAUGGAGGGUACAGGUAUAAAGUCUGAAAAAGACAUUGAAGUAUGUCAAAAAAGAUUUGAUGAUGUUAACAAAAAGUUAGAUGAAAUGGGGCUGAUGGAGCUAGUUAGUGGAUCUGCUGUAACAGAAAUUGUUCACAGUCAAAUUGAGAAACACAUAGAGGAUGAAUGCAAGGGAAAUUUUGAUAGUUCAUAUCUCUCAGAGCUAGAAGAGUGGCUAGACCAACAAGUUUUGGGGUGGUUGAAUCAUCUUUAUGCCUGUAAGCAAACUGCCUCUCAGCUUGCUAGUGUGGUUGCCUUUCGGGAUAGGCUAAGACACUUUAUCUACGAAACAUAUGCCAAAUCACUUAUAGGCCAGUUCUUUGACAUCAUAAUUGAUUAUCCUGACUCAAAGCCUGCAAUCCUGGAUCUGAGUGCCUGUCUAGAGAAAACAGAUUUGAGGUCUGAGCUUGUAUCUACAUUGAAACAUGCCUUAGAGAACAGGUUGCUUCACCCAGGUGUGAAUACAGCUGAUAUACUUACAGCUUAUAUAGCUGCCAUUAAAUCUCUUAGACUUCUGGAGCCUGCAGGUGUUAUUCUAGAGUUGGUGUGUGAGCCUGUUGGAAGAUAUCUGAGAUCUCGAGAAGAUACAGUACGUUGUAUAGUGGCAAGCUUAACAGAUGAGGGAAACAAUGAGCUGAUCAAUGAAUUAGUCAACACUAAACCUGUGGGUGAAGAAAAUCAGGAAGAAGAUGGAAACAUGGUAGGGUGGGAGAACUGGAUGCCAGACCCAGUUGAUGCUGAUCCAUCAACUUUGUCCAAAAACAGAAGGUCAGCCGACAUUCUCUCUACGUUGGUUAACAUCUAUGGAAGUAAAGAGCUGUUUGUCAAUGAGUAUAGAGCAUUGCUUGCUGAUCGCAUCCUAAUGCAGUACAACUACGAUGUUGAAAGAGAACUUCGCUACUUGGAGUUGUUGAAGUUGAGGUUUGGUGAAGCCCAGCUCCAUUUCUGUGAAGUUAUGUUGAGAGAUGUGACCGAGUCCAGGAGAGUUAAUGCCCGUAUUCAGGACGCAAGAAAGUUAACAGAAACCCCAGAGGAAGUGGAGAUGAACGCCAUGAUUCUGUCAGCCCAGUUCUGGCCUGCGUUUAGAGAUGAGAAGAUUACCCUGCCCCCAGACCUGCAAGAACAUCUGGACAAGUACACCAAAUCUUUUGAAACACAGAAACAAAACAGAACACUUGUAUGGAAGCCUCACUUGGGAAUAAUGAACAUUGAACUGGAAUUGAAGGAGGAAACUUUGAGCUUUUCAGUUUCACCUGUACAAGCUGCCAUUAUCAUGAAGUUUCAAACCAAAUCCAAGUGGAGUGUAGAUGAGCUUAGUUCGGAGCUAGAGAUGACAGCUUCUGUGUUGCGGCGUAAAAUUGCCUUCUGGCAAGGUCAAGGUCUGUUGAGAGAGAUUUCCCCAGACAUGUAUCAGCUUGUUGAAGAGAGGCGGGGCCGACCUCAUGACCUUGUCAUGAUUGAUGAGGAAGAAAUAGAAUCAGCCAUGGCCUCAGCUCAACAACAAAAAGAGGAAGAGAUGCAGGUAUUCUGGACUUACAUUCAAGGCAUGCUUCAAAAUUUGGACUGUCUGACUUUAGAGAGAAUCCAUUCAAUGCUCCGCAUGUUUGCCAUGGAGGAACCCAGCUCUUCUGAAGUUUCACCGCAGGAGUUGAAAACUUUUCUUGACAACAAGGUUAAAGAUCAAGUGUUGAUUUUUUCUGGGGGAGUCUACAGACUUAAUAAGUAAUUUGUUCUUGUGAGCAGUUAAAAAAUGUUCAUCAAACUGUACAAAAAUGUUAAUAGAUUUCUUUGUAGCUUUUAUCAAUAAUGUAUCAUUGUAGAAAUAAAAAUA